AUUUUGAAAUUGUGUGUGUGAAAAAAGUGCAAUAUAAUUAAAUUAUUCUUAUCGUUUCCUAUUUCAACGAAUUUGGACUUUAGAUUCGCUAGAAUGGCAGAAAACAACAUGGCAAAUCGAAAUAAAUCGCUGCAGCUGAAAAAGUUUAAGCGUGUUGCCAGCAAAGCGCUACGCAUGGAGCGUGAAAGAUCUGAGCUGGAAAUGAAGCUGUUGAGCACUGCUAACCCAAAUAAAGUGAUUCGAGAUCCACAACCGGAAAUCAAAGAUCUACACAUGCUACCGCCUCUGUCAAUAAAGCGGCCGCCGAGUAAAUUAAUGCCACUGAACAUGAGACCCAGUUCACAACCGCCCAGUUCUCGAAGGGUUAUGAGCAUGCCGUUGUGUGUUAACAACAAUGAACUGCCUGGCCCCAAGCCAGAAAACAAUAAGCUACAUGGCCAUAUUUCAGAUGAUAUUUAUUUACUUGGCCGCCGGUCGCCGGAGGAUAAUGUAUAUCUUCAACAUCGCCUGCGGCGUACACUGGACGACCAAAUGUUUGCACAUCAUCCAAAAGAUAAUUAUGUGCAACAACACCUCUCCAAUGAUGAAGAUAUAUUGCAUCGUCGCCAGGUGAAGCAAUUGCAUGAUCAUGCCCAACAACGCGUUCGAGUUGCCACAGCAGCCGCAGCAGCGGCUGCCUCCACAGUUGUUGCCCAAAUACGUAAGGAUGCCAUCGAUGCCGUUGCACACCAGCAGGCUCCCUAUAUGCGUAUGGCUGCCAUUGCCAAUGCCCGAUCGAAAUCUAGCAAUAAAUCUAGAGAAAGCGACCAGCGUCGGGUGAUUCGUAAUUCGAAUUUGCUCAGCUCGGCGCUCAGCAUUAUUCGCGAAAUGGAUCCAGCAUUUUUGGAGACACUCUGUUAUGCUAUUCAUGAUCAAGUUACCAAGGACGAUGCACCGGAGUCCGAUUAGCUAUCUUAAUCGUUAUAGAUUCCGUUCACAUAUAUAUAUAUAUCGUUAUAGUUUUUGUUAAUUUACUUCGCUUUCGCCAAUUUGAAAAUGGAUUUGAAAAAUUAUAUGUUUUAGUUCCACAUUGUUGACUACUCCAAUGAGGAAACAAACAAUUUUUUAAAGUAAAUAUGGUGCUGGA